UAUGGUCUCCCGCGAUUUUCAUAAUCCACGAGAACCAGUCCGAGACUUUGAUAAUUGACCAUAUGUCUAGUAUGUUUCCUUCAUGUCGUGCUAUGAGAUUUAAUAGUCGAUAUCAUGGCUUCGACGUUCAAUACCACUAAUCUCUAAUUCCACCCACAGAUUCUUUUAUGAUAGACCUACAGUAACAUGCCUCGAAAUUUCUUAUAUGACUUAUUGCAACCCAUAAUAGAUGGGGAGACUGAGUCUAGGUGGCAAGCGGUUCAAUUGAUAGUUAAAGCAUUUCAGGACAUCGGAGCCGCCUUGCCAGAAUCACAGGCUCUAGGUACUUGGGAGGAUUCCGGAGACGACAUUUAUUGUUUAGUUGUUGCUCGUAUCGGCGUGAUACCGCCGCCAAACUUUGGGUAUCCCGCUUUCCCUGGUGGAAGGCCUAAAUCCCUCGUCUGUAUAUGCCUCACCCCUGUACAUCGUGAUGAAGGAACCGAGACUAAGGCACCGCACAACAUGUAUCGUCGUGUAGGAUUGUGUGAGUUUUGGGAUCGACCGGAGUUCUGGAAGGGCGCCAUGAAGGAUGAAUGGGUGGCUAUUAUAUGAACCCUAGCGUAGAAACUCGAUUGAAAUAUAGUAGUUAAUAUUGGACUAGGUUAGACAUAUUGUAGAAUAUAUUCAAUUACCCCUUACUUCAACCCCACCUUCAAUACUUAG